CAUCGAUAGUUUUGUGUUCCACCUCUAUUGUUAUUGUUUUUUUGAUUAAAAUAAAAUCAUUUUUCUCGCAUAAAUGACGGCCAAUUUGUUGAACCUGAAUGUGGACACGCUGUUUGAGCAGCACAGCGUGUCCGAGAUCGACGCGGUGCACAAGAAGAUCCAGUCGGUGGUGGAGAACAAGCGCGAAGAGCUGCGCACCCAUGUCGGCGAGCGGUACCGGGAUCUUCUCCAAGCGGCGGACACAAUCGCGGCUAUGCAGGCGUCGGCGGGCACGCUUAUGGAGCAAGUCCGACACGUACAGGCCAACUGCCGCAGUCUUAAUGAGCAGCAGCUCCUGGGCUUCCAGACCUCCGCGAAUCCGAGUCCCAAGGAGGCGGUUCUGCAGCAAAGAAACGCCGGAAAGAAGCUGCAGACCUACUACGGCACAAUGGCACAAAUCAAACUGCUCACAGCUCUUCCGGAACUGAUCUGGACGCACCUGGACAACGACCGUUUCUAUGCCGCAACUGAGCUGUUCAUCUUCAGCCGGCAUAUAAGCACAGGUUUGCAACUAGACGGGCAGAGUGCCCUGAUGCAGAAACUUCCGGUGGCCCGCAAGCAGUGGGAGAUUCUGCGUCCAUUUCACGUCACCAUUAAACAGGCCGUGCUGGCCGCUCUUGAGCGGGAGGAACUCCUACCCGAGAUGGCCGUAGACUGCCUCCAGAGUCUUCUCCUGCUGGACAAAAGUGAAAUUAGUGCUGUGCUGAAAACCUUUUUGGGCCUGCGUUCCUCGGCCUUUCUCAACUGUCUGCAGAGCAGACCGUCGGAACCACGUCGUGUUAAGGAACGCAUUCUGGCCAGCUUAACCGUUCUGAACAGUACCGUGGAACUACUGGAUAAGUGUUUGCUGGGUGAAAGUCUUCUCUUUACUCGCCUGGCAGAAUGUUCUUCGUCGAGUUGUCCGCCCAGCAUCAACCGGAUGGAAAGCAGCGAGCGUCAACUUGCAAACCUUUUGCCUGACAUCAUAGCCGGUUUUAAACCGCAGUUUGAGGUUCCUCAGUUAACACCUGAGCUACUGGGCUCUUCACUCCAACAGUGGUUAGACAAGAUGAACGCCCUAGCAGCGGCUCACUUGCAGCAAGUAUUCGCUCUUGUAAGCAAUAUGCAGACUAUCCAGGACAUCAAGACGGCAGCAAGGACCAAUGGUCGACCGGAUUUCGUCCGUCUAGAACAGCAACUUCAUUUGAAGCACAGCCAGUUGGACUUCUACGUGCGAAAGUACGUUCCACUGAUUAACGCUAGAGUUCGGGAGAUCAUACGCAGCAGUUGGGCGGCAGCUAUGAAGCAGACCUACGAGCAGGUGCUUUUGCUAAUCGAAGCUGGACAAUCUCAAACGGCGCAACAAAUUUGGAAAGAACAGAGCGAAGAUCUGCCUUUAAGUUUGGCGGCGGCACUCAGUGAUCAACCAAAGCGGUUGGCUAAUCGGACUAAGGGCUAUGAUGGAGCCACCAUGGAGUUGUGCAAACGUUUUGACUCAAAUCUAGCGGAUAUCGUCCAGGAGCUCAAUGUGAUGCUACAAGAGCAGACGACGCGGGCAGAGGACAAACUUUCCCUCAUCCAAUUCCUGCGCGAGACGGCCGAGGAGCAACUAACAGAGUAUCUGACGAAUUUGAAGGGUCUACAACUUCGAGAGCGUCCUGCUCUGCUUCUAGCUUUGCGAAAUAGUCUGGCUUUGGUAGAACUGUGUCCCAACUUAAAGCUCUGCUUCUGCCAGCCUUCAAGUUGGCGCCAGUAUACUGACAACUUAGCAGGAGUCGGGAUCGAGCACUGGCAGCGAAUUUGCGGCCUGAUCGAAGAGGAGAUGCUAUCUUUCUGGCUGCUCAUCGUUGACGAUGUGCUUGCCGGGCAUAGUUGCGAUGAUAAGCUACCGAAAGUAAUUAACCAUGAAGUGGUUCUUAGUGAUUUUGCGUUGUGGCAAACCUUGACUCUGGAACAGCGGGACGAAGAACAAGAGCAAAGUGUCCAAUCCACUAUUCGCAUUCCCAGUCAGCCGCGUCUUUCCCUGCAGACGUAUCUCCAUCAGUUGAUCAAUGCAUUGAACCUAGCUGUUCCCCAAACUCUGCCACCAAAGGUAUUGCAAGCGUUCAUCCAGCGGCUUUUAGGAAAACUGCUAAGUCACUACGAAGGAUUGGCCCAGGCGGAAUGUACCAAAUGCAGUCAGAACAUCGCCCUGCAGUUGUUCUUCGAUCUUAAGUUCCUUGAACGGGUGUUUGCCAUCACACGCGAGGAGCGUGCUCUUUACGACCAGAUACAUUCUCAACAAAACCAACUUCGCGACUGCAUAGAUCCCUUUGAUUUCGAGCUGUUUGCGGAGCACAUAACUGCACAUGUAGCUAGAGCUGCAAUCCGUCUUCAGGGCGAACUGGGAGUGCUGACACCCUCGACAAUUGCGGCAAAUCAAGGCGCAUCGGCAGCCAGCUCUUUGGCCCACGAAGCAGAUCCCAAUGUUUUGUGUCUUAGCUCAUCGGGAUCCACAUCGCUCUGGUUCCCUCUGCUGCCUAUUGUGAUGCCCCAGGCUGCUGGAAGAGUUAGUGGCAUUGAACGGAAAUCCCUCACACAAGAGUCAGCUGAUAAAACGGCGACGGCGACAACGACUCCGACCAGGAAGACGGGGGGCAAUGGAGCUCGCAAGGGAGACACUAGCAAAUCCAAAUCGAGCGCUGCUUCCUUCUUCGGGAUGUCGCAGGAAUGGUUCCGCUAGGGGAUUCAGAUCAAGUGGCCUGUGAAGUGCAUCCAACUGGAAUACGGAUGGGAUGCUACCUCCAUUGUUAAGCCGAGCAUUCAAAAUGUUUAACCUGUGUCCAAAGUAUAUUUGUAGAAGAGGCGGCCUCCGCCAAAUAAUUUUAAGAGAUUCGCAUACAUUAUAGAUACAUAUAUUAUGAUAUCACUUUUAAUUUCAACUUAA